AGGAGCCGUUCACCUAGUCCUCUUCCCCGCCGGAGUCGCUCCGUUAGCCCUGUGAGGGGCGAGUCUCCUACACGCGCACAGCUCACCAGUUCCUCUCGGCACGCACGGCUGGUCUCCCAUUUCUCAGACCUGUACACCACAGAGAGACUGGAAUCCCAGAGUCUCCUGCGCAGAUACAUCGAUGAUCUGGAAACAGUCCAGAGGAUCCUUUUCAUCGCUGUUGUGGAAUCAUUUCAGGCUGCUAAGCUGGCCUAUCGUCAGUUUAAAACACGUGUGAGGAAGACACUUUCCUCCACUCACAUUGGUCCUGAGAGUUUGGAGGAUGCAGUGGUGGAUUACAUUGUGAGAAAUCUGGACCUGUAUGAUGUGCAGACCAGCGUUAAUGAUGUCAUCAACGCGAUGAAUGUAAACCCACGCAUCUCUUUCCCUCCAGAGGUGGACUUUGUUCUGAUCAGCAGCUUCAUUAGGGAAGCAUGUCGAAUAGCAUUUGCUAUGCAAACUCUGGACCCACCACUGGACCUGGCCUUCAGCUCAGAUGGAGAACUUUACAGUGACGUUAAGUACAGGCGCAGUUUUGACUCUGAGUUCACCGCUCCGCUGGUGGCAUAUCACGUGUGGCCUGUGCUGUUGGAGGGAGACACUGUCAUACUGAAGGGAGAGGCGGUCACUAGGAGAGGAGCUCUGUGGCGAAGCAGGAGUCGUAGCUCCAGUCCUGUUCGCUCUCACUCAGGAAGCCCCAGCCGCACAUUUAUGGCCAGUCGUAGUCAAAGCCCUUCCGCUGGACGUCUCUCAAGCAAUCGACUUUAAAGUUUGAUACCUCACUUCAUGCUGGAUACAGAACCAAACAGAGGCAGAUUAAUCAAAACAUAAAAAUAUUUUUUUCAGCUUUAACAUAUUCUUUUCUAUGUGUGGGAUGAAUUAGAAACUAAAGUGGAAAACAAUUACCUUUACUAAUGACUCAGUACUUAUGAAGAAUGGAGGCAUUUGUCAUGUUUAAACAGAAAGCGCUAUUUACAAGAGAAAAAGCUCCACACUAUCAUUUUCUAAGUGGACUGCACUUGACUUGACUUGACUGCACUUGAGUGGACUGCUCUUGAUAUGAUUGGCUAGUUAAACCUUAAUUGUGUUACAGGGAUGUGCAGAGAGUUCAUCAGGGGCAGGGGCUCAAAUGUAAA